GUGUGCAAGAAGUGUGCUCGUUCGCGAAUAUAAAUAAAUUAAACAGCAAGUUUCCUGAUUUCGAGCUAACCCGUUAGAAUGUCCCUGCAAACGGGCUUGGUUUUCAUUUUCACCAUAUUAGCCUCUGUUAGCAUCGUCGCAGCAAUUAUUUUGUUGGGCUGGUUCCUUAUCUGGAAGGCUUUUCUAUCGAAAUUUCGUUUGGUUCGGGAACUGUUGGGUCAAGAGGAGCCAGAGGAGCAGCAGCAAAUCGCUUGGGAUCAUCAGAAUAUUCACCGACAGCAGCACGGUAGAGCUAGGAAAGCUCGCCGAGAUUAA